GAAUUCUUAGCCAUGGUCUUGGUGAAUUACAUGUUACUGCUACGGCUGUUUAAGCCCCUUCAUUCAAGUUAUUUCCCAAUUCCACACUACCAAAAAUAUUAUCCAUCUGUGUAUGUACAUACACAAUUUCAAAUUAUUACUAAUUCAACAAGUGAGAUUUAUAGUUGUACAUUCCUGUGCAACAACAUCACGCCAUGAUAAUAGUAGCAGCAUCUAUCGCAUCACAGCCUCAAUGUGAUUAUCUUGUAAACUAGUCGAUCGUUAGUUGUCUAACGAAUAACAUCAUGGAUCGUUGGCGGGGUAAAGUGGCCGUCGUAACCGGAGCCAGCUCCGGGAUUGGAGCAGCAACGGCCAAGGAAUUGGCAAAGGCCGGAAUGAUUACCGUUGGGUUGGCCAGGAGAGUUGAACAGGUAGAAUCGUUGAAAACGGCUCUUCCAAUGGAAAGCGCCGCCAGACUACAUGCACUGAAAUGUGAUGUAUCCAGCGAGGAGAGCAUUAUGGAGGCGUUUAAGUUUGUUGAAGGAAAAUUCGGAGGCGUAGACGUACUCGUGAACAACGCUGGCGUGUAUCAGAAAGUGGAUCUGUUGGAAGCUGGCAACACUGCUGCCUUGAGACAAUCACUUGAUGUGAAUGUAUUGGCACUGGCUUUGUGUAGCCGGGAGGCGUUUCUAUCAAUGCAGAGAAGAAACGUUGCAGGGCACAUAUUCCAUCUCAAUAGCAUUGAAGGACAUAAUGUGCCGAACUAUCCUGGUGCCAACUUGUACCCGGCGGGUAAAUUUGCAGUGACUGCUAUUACCGAAACGAUGCGUAACGAGUUGAGAAACGCUGGCACAAAAAUAAAAGUAACCAGUAUCAGUCCCGGAUUUGUUAAAACACCAAUGGUAGACAUGUGUGAUGUCUAUGGUGGUUUCGAAACCAGUACGAUGCCAAUGCUGCAGCCGGAAGAUAUUGCUCACGGUAUUCUAUAUGCACUGGGAACGCCUCCACAUGUACAAGUGCACGAAUUAACAAUCAAACCAGUAGGCGAGCCUGUUUAGUUAUUAUUAGUUAUCUUUAUUGUAUAGGCUUUCCUUGGCGAGUUUGCCACUGAAGCCUGUUUAGUGCACAAUCACCCAUUGGAAUAAAGUUUGUGUUUGAUAUGAAUGUGUUUUGUCAAAUUAAUUUGCGUAAAUGCGACUCGUAGAGAUGCUCGCUGCCAUUAUCUGCAUCCAAAACAUGUUCAUAUUUUUACACAAAAUACAAACUACA